UGAAACAUAUAUAAUAUAUGCUUAAAUAAUAUGAUUAAAGAAUAGCUUUUGGUGACCAAAGUGCUUUGUAAUUGGCAAAUUUGAGGCAAAACAAAGAUGAGAUGUGAAAUACCAGUUUUAUUGCGGUGUUGUUUCUGCUUUCCUCUAAGAUAUGGUCUACUGGUUUGGUCGUACAUUAAACAGAUAUUUAGUAUAUUAUUCUUAACCUUUGUUAUUCAUCAAUUAUAUCAAAUGAGCCAUCGGAGGACCGGUGUAGAAACCUAUGUAUUAUCAUCACUACUUCUAAUCUUAACUAUCGUGGACAUCGUGUUUCAUAUCCUUUUUAUUAAAAGUACGCAAAAAAAAGAAUACAAGAAAAUUAGAAUUUUUUACAGAUACAGUAUUGUUCUAUUAUGUCUGUUUGCAGUCAUGAUGUGUCUUUAUAUAGUUUUUAUAUGUGCUUACUUCAUCCACGUGUCACCAAUCAUUUUGAUAUUAUUGUGGACACAUUUACUGCCAGGCGUGGUGAUGAUUGUAGCGUUACUGAUCAUCCAAAGCUACCUGAUCAUACUCGUGCGAAGUGAAUUCAUCAAACUGAAGAAUAAUUCACAGUUCGAAUUCGUGAACGAUGCGGCUAAAGAAAAAUGUACCGCCAACAUCGAUUUCGUUAAAGAAAUUCCUGCCUCAGUUUAUGAUAAUGAAAACUGAAUUAACCCGAUUUGCCCGACUACUGGAAGGCAAUGUUUUAACUGUAUAUAUACAUGUACAGAUGUACCCAGUGGGGUGCACUUCAUACAUUCACAAAAGCUCUGCUUACCUUAAAAAAUUUAUAUAGCUCAUAAAUGCGAAGGAUUUUUCCAUUUUAUGGCAUCUUUCUUCUUUAUGCUACUGGAUGUACUAGUUUUGUGAAGCCCCUAUUAACCUGAUUUUAAUUUUUGGAUUUUGUUAGCUUCCUUUUAGCAACCCAAGUGGCUAUGUGACUUGACAAUAAAUCUAAUAUGCAAGACCAAAACACGCCAAGAAAAAUAAAAUUUGAAUGAGAAAACAUGUUCCCAGUAUGAUAUCAAAUGAACGAUCGCAGUACCUACGUAGAUUCCAAAAAUUAUAAAAUUUAUUAACAAAAAUUCCCUUGAUUUGCGGUUUUUGUGAGUUCCACUUUCUUGUCGCUCCCAAUCUCCAAUAAAUGCGGUCCAACAAAUUAGCCCUUAACUGCAAUCUCACCUGGUGGUAAGUCAUGAUGCAGGCUAAGAUGGCAACGGGCUAACCUGUUAGGGAGUAUGGUAGUCAUACCCCUUAUCGGUUUCUACGCGAAAUCGCACCGGAACACUAAAUCGCUUAUCGCCACGUCUUUGAACCCGAAACCUCCUACUUAAAUUCACAGUUUUUACAUCCCGACUAUCUGUUUAAUGUCACGACUAACCAAUAUGGCGGAUUUGACAGAAAAAUACGCAAAUAAUAAUACGUAUACAUAUUUAAGAGAAAAGUUUUGAGUUUGGUAUCAAAUAGUGAGCACAGCAAAAAAUGGUUUGAGGCUCAUGUAAUAAUACUUAUCUACUUAGGUCGAUAUUUGUAGGAGUUGGAUCUUUUAGUUUUAUCAAUAUGCACUUUUAUUGUAAAUUUAACAUAAAUAAUGCCACUAUUGUUACAAUUUGUAGUGAUAAAGUAGUGAGUUCAUUUUAGUAAUCUUACGUUAGGGAACGCUGUACAAUUUGUCGUUGAAAUAUAUUUUAUGU